AUGAGCUCAAAUAUUGAAAUCGAUGGUCCGUCGGAGUCCUCGAAUGGCAGGAAGAGGUCGCACGAUGAGAUUGAAAAUGGUUCGGCGAUAAAGCAAGAGCCCACCGAUGGGAGAAUUCCGGAGUUUGCUGAUGGUGAUAAGAUGAAGGAAGUGAAAUAUACAAGAGACGAAAAAGUUGAUCCAAACGAUGUGAUCGUUCCUAUCACAAAACCAAAGCUAACAUACGUUCCUUUGAAGACAGGCUUAUGUUAUGAUGUGCGGAUGCGAUAUCACGCAAAAAUAUACCAAUCAUACUUGGAGUACAUUGAUCCGCAUCCGGAGGACCCAAGGCGCAUUUACAGGAUUUAUAAGAUCCUAGCUGAGAAUGGAUUGAUCAACGAUCCAACUCUUUCGGGAAGAGACAACAUCGGUGACUUAAUGGUGAAAAUUCCGGUGAGGCCAGCAACAGAUGCCGAAAUAUUGGCUGUGCAUACCCGGGAACAUCUAGAAUUUAUCAAGAAGACCACCACAAUGACCAAAGAGCAGUUAUUGCAUGAAACGGAUGUUGGUGACUCGGUUUAUUUCAACAACGAUUCCUAUUCGAGUGCCAAGCUUGCAUCCGGAGGAGCAAUUGAGGCGUGCAAAGCUGUCGUUGAAGGUCGUGUAAAAAACGCACUUGCAGUUGUGAGACCUCCGGGACAUCAUGCUGAGCCAGAUGCUCCAGGUGGGUUUUGUCUUUUUUCAAACGUCGCAGUUGCUGCCAGAGCCAUCUUGAAGAAUUACCCAGAGUCUGUUCGGAAAAUCGCAAUUGUGGACUGGGAUGUUCACCACGGUAACGGAACUCAAAAGGCCUUUUUCAAUGAUCCGCGUGUUUUGUACAUGUCCCUUCAUAGGUACGAACAGGGCAAAUAUUACCCGGGAACACCUGCAGGAGGAGCCGAUCAAGUUGGAGAAGGUGCCGGUAUUGGAUUUAAUGUAAACGUUCCAUGGCCGACCGGAGGAAUGGGCGAUGCCGAGUAUAUUUAUACAUUCCGGAAGGUGAUCAUGCCAAUAUUGUACGAGUUUAAGCCUGAUUUCCUCAUAGUUUCGUCAGGUUUCGACGCGGCAGAGGGUGAUCCAAUCGGAGGAUGCCAUGUUUCUCCAUCUGGAUACAGUCAGAUGACUCACUACAUGAAGACCAUAGCUCAGGGAAACAUUUGCGUGGUUCUUGAAGGUGGAUACAAUCUAGAUGCGAUCUCCGUGAGUGCACUUCGAGUUGCAAAAGUACUACUUGGUGAAGCUCCAGAGGUUCUGCAGCAGAGUUUACCAAGACCAGAAGCCGUUCAGGCUGUCUCGGAUGUCAUCAAGGUGCAAUCCAGAUACUGGAAGUCGCUUCGACCAGGAUACUUCGGUCUUGAUUUCACGUUGCCGCAGCUGAUGGGUGAUUAUGAGGCCCUGCUGAAGAAAUCAAGAGACAAGACGUUUGUUGAAGUGGCAAGCAAGCAUUCCAGAUUGACGGACGUUGUUCGUUUGUCGCAGAAAGAGAACUUGUUUGACACACACCAAUUCGUGUCGUUGCCUAUUAUCUCCGAGAAGAAGGUGGAGACUCCAUCGCUGAAAAACCAGAUAUUGGCAUCACCGAAUGCGAACGAGACUGACACUCUAUUGGUCAUAGUACACGACCCUUCACGUGUGUGGGCUCGCCGUGAUCCAAUUACAGGAGACUUGGAUCCUGCUUCUGCAGUUACAAUCGACCAGACACUCCGAUUUAUAGACUGGGGCCUGAAACAGAAAUACGGAAUUAUCGAUAUCAACGUUCCAGUGACGAUAACCGGAGAAAAUGAUAUUUACUACAACAACAUUAGCGCGGCCCAGGAUAUUUUGCUCUAUUUAUGGGAUAAUUACAUUCAAUACUUCAAAGCGCAGAAAAUUGCAUUUAUCGGUGCCGGAGAUGCGUAUAAUGGGGUGGUACAUCUAUGUGGUCACAGAGAGGUUAGGCACACUGUAAUGGCUUCGAUAAACUUCAUAGACGGCGUGACGGCUCUCCGUGCCAUAGUUUCGUCGAUCGACGAGUCGAUUGUGGACUGGUUCCACCACAAUUCGCUUGUGUUUACGAAUCAUCAGCAUAUUUGCUGGGGUAAUGCCGACAAGCACACCAAUGCAAAGAAGCCAAGAAAGAAGUAUGGAAGAGUGAUACGAGCCGAUUGCGAAGGCUUGGACAAUGUGAUAGAUGAGAGAUUUGACGAGGCAUGCGACUUUAUUCUUGAUUCGUUCGAGGAAUCGGACGAGAGCGAGACCGAGUGA